CUCUCUCUCUCCCUCUCUCCCAGACGCUGGAAGUUUGAGCUCUCUCUCUGAUCCUGAGCUCAUUUCCUGUCGGUGUUACGGAGCGGAUCGCAGGCCUUUUCUCAGCAACGUUUAUUAUCCCCCGCAAUUUCACUGGGAGAGACCGCAGCGUUGCCGAGUGGCGGAGUUCAUGAUAGCACCGCAGGGCGUGUACACAGGAACCGGGAUGGGCUUUGGAGCAUUGUCGCUGGGCACUGCUUUCAAAUUCCGGUCAAGGCACGAAGGUGUGGACUGGAGGCGAUUCAGCGCCAUCGAUGUGGACAGGGUGGCCAGAGAACUGGACGUUGCCACCCUCCAGGAGAACAUCAUGAGUGUGACCUUUUGCAACCUGGACUCCGAGAGGUGCCAGUGGUGCCAGAACGCUGUGGACCCGGUCCUGCUGAAGGUGUUCAAGCUGGCCCAGCUGAACACAGAGUAUUUGCUGCACUCUCAGGAGCUCUUCACCAGCAGCAUCCAGGCACUGGAGGAGCAGCUGCAGACUCUGACUGAAGAACUGGAGAAGAGCAAGCAGGAAAUGGUCAAGCAGGCAGAGGAGCUGAAGGCUGUGAAGGAGGAAAGCCGACGGCGGAAGAAGAUGAUCACGACUCUUCAGCUCCUUGUACAGGCAGGAGCCAAUAACUAUCACAAGUGCCAGUUUUGUGACAAGGCAUUCCUGAACUACUCCUUCCUCCAGGGACAUGUUGAGCGUCGGCAUCCAGAGAUUACUGAGGCUGAGAGGAAGAAGAAGCACCGGACGGAGCAGAUUGAGGAUGAGAUCAGGGAGCUCCGGGAGCGGCUGCAGAUCAGCCAAUCACAGCUCCGGCUCGAGAGGGAGGCUGAUUCUCUCCGCCGUGGCCAGGAAUUGGAAGAUUCUCGGAGAAGGGAGGAAGAUGUAAAAAAGGAAUUUGAGAACUGGAAGGAGGAAGAAAGGAAAAAGUUUUUCCAGGAAAUGGAGCGCCUAAGACAGGAGCUCCUGGCGGAAUUUCAGGAUAUUGCGGAGAAGAAUCAGUCUAUUGAAGCGAAACUGCAGGAGAUCCAAGUGGCAGCCCCAUCGCUGUCGGCAGUGACGGCCUACCAGACUGAGGAUCAUGCGACGGAGCUGAGAAACUGGAAGGAGAGAUACGAGAAGCUGAAAAACGAUUCCAAAAAAAAGGUGAAAGACUUUGAAAGUCAACAUCUGGCCGAAAAAGAGGAGAUGAAAGCAGAAAAUGAGAGGCUACGGGCUACUUUGUCCGCAGACCAGAAAACAACAGCUGAAUACUUCCAAAAGCAAAUCAGUUCACUCAAUGCAAAGGUCAAAGAGCAGAGUACGAUCAUCUGGUCUCAGGAAGAUCAGAUCAGAAAGCUUUCCUCUCGACCAGUUCAAGAUGCUCCUGCGCGUGAUGUUCUCCAUGUGACCCACUUAACUCCACUCGGACACGAUCUGGCAAUGUCCCUUUCCUCAUCAGCUUCUGAGAGCCACGAUUUGGAAUCUGAGGAAGCUGACGACCUGGAGAGUUCCUUAGACAGGAAGCAGCAGCUGCUGAACACUCUGAGACAGAAUCCAAAGUUCAUCAAACAAUUCCGCCCCAUUCUGGAAGAGACUUUGGAGGAGAAACUGGAGAGCAUGGGUUUGAAAAAGGGCUCGAAGGGAAUCCCUGCCCAGACACUAAAGAGCUUGAGUGUGACUGUGGGCAAACAGCGUGAGAGCAAGGCCAGGCACUUCGGCGAGUUUGCUAGCCUUCGGAAGCGGUUUGCAAAGGUCGUGGUGGAGAAGGUCAGAGAGAAGCAGCGCAGCGAGGGCUACAGCUCCCCUCCACCCCGAUCAGUACGGAGACAGACCGGGCCGGCACAGAAAACCGCCACCAAAAACAAGGGCCGACAAGCCGUGGCGUUGAAGCCAUCCCGUGUGGUCGAUCCCAAACUCUCCCAGACCGAGGUCCCCAAACCAGCUCCGCGGCAUCAGGCUGCCAGUCCGAUCCGCCCGGCAGCGCCCAGUGCCAGUACUCCCCCAUUCUCCUCGGACGAAGACGACUCGGUUGUGGACAGUGCCUAUGUCACCAGCGUGGGGGUGAAGGAUGGAACCCAGGUGCGGGUUGUCCAGUCGAACCCGUUGCCGAGACCGUCAGCCCUGAGCGACGAUGACGACGACUGGUCAGACACUGACAUCUCGACGGAGCUGCUGAGCCCAGUUGGGGGGGCUUCUGUGGCCCGGACCCCACCAGGAAACAUGGUGCAAAGUCUGGCAAAGAGUCUCGAGAGACAACUCAGCUCCCCAGUGAAGAAACCCACCGGCGGCGUUCAGCUCAUCCCCACCGCCCAAGCUGCAGCCCGUACCCCUCCUGAUAACCGCACUGUCGUCAAGAAGUUACAGCUAUCGGAUAAUGAUGAGAGUGACCUGGACAUCUCGUCGAUCGAGGAGGUCUCCGAAGAGUUUGUCGCGAAAGCAGCGAUCUCGAAGCCAGUGGCAGCGCCGAGGCAAAGUGCCGAGCCAUCCAUCUCUCAGGGAACCAGCGCCUGGAGCUCGUCCACCAGCAGAGGGGCAGGGUUGAAGGAAGCUGGCACCGUGAUGUCACUGAAGAGCAGCAGCUUUGCCACGGUAACAGACAUCAGUGACUCAGAGUUCAACUUCCCAUGAGCACCGGGAGUUCCUGCUUCGAUCGAUAGAACCAUUUCGGGCUGGUUCAGCUUCACCGCUGGAGGGUUCCUCUGUACCGGGGGAAUAAUGAUGGGGGCUUUUAUGUGGGGAUACUGCAUUGUGAGCUUGUCUACUAACCUGACUUGCCCAUUAUAUUGGCACUGGUUGAAGGGAAUUCCUGGUGUCUCUUCAUGGGUCCUCUAGCUUUCAAGUGCUCCUCGUCCACACUUUGGCCAUUACUUCCUGUGCCAAUUGGGAGACAAGCAGAUGCCAUUGCUGUUCUUCACCGUCAGUCGAAUAAAUCCAACCUUUUAACACAUUCCCCACAUUUCUGUCGCUAGGAACCACAAAUUUUGAAAAGAAGUGAUAAAAGUAAAAUGCUGUUUGCAUUUAUCGAAUCUCUACUGUGUGGAAAGCAGGCCGUUCAGCCCAUGCUGCCCCUCUAUAGAGCAUCCCACUUAAAUCCCUGCAUUUCCCAUAGCCAGGCCACCUAACCUGCACAUCUUUGGACUAGGGAAGGAAACUCACACAGAGGAGAAUGAGCAAACUCCUUAGAGACAGUCACCAGAGGGUAGAAUUGAGCCCAGGUCCCAGGCACUGUGUAACAACAGUGCUAAUAACAACUGAGCCACCAUACCACAGCCAUUGGAUGAGCCAAAGUGACUCAUAGCCAAAGAAGUACUUUUGAAGUAUCACCGUUGUUGCAGUGUGGGGGAGGAUAAUCACUUUUUAAUGCUCAGCUGUACCCUGAAAUUUAGAUUUAAUUACUUGGAGAACAAUCAUUAACCCUGGAGAGUUGGCAAUCCUACUGUCUGUACCCCUCGCACUCUCCAAAGAGAAGGAUAUCUCUUGCUGUCUAUCUGGAUAACUGCUGUCUGAUAGCGUGCCAUUUCGGAGGAUAGUUUGGAGCCUUCUCUGCACUGUGUUUGAUUAUUGCACAGUGCUUGACGCUGAAUUUAAGAUGGGGUUUUCCUGGUCCUUGCCUCAGCAGGAUGUCAGCCAGGCUCCCUCCGUGUUGCACAUCCAGGGGCUGUACCGAUGUUUGCUGGAGCAUCCCUUCUGGAAUUCUGGGCACUAAAUGCAGAGAAGUUUUAGGAAAAUGGACAAUCCCAACAAGUCCAUCUAACAUGGUGGUGGAGUAAGACUCUUGAGUCAGAGCUCGUCCACUCCGUCUGUUUCUUUUCUCUUCUCUCUCUUUUCGCGUUUCUUUUCUUUCUCUAUUUACCUCCCAUCCUUGGAUGGAAUUGGCUGGCAAUAUCUGGGGUGAAAGCCAACGCGGACUCCCGGCCUUGAGGUGAAGCCUGGCGCUGUUUGGAUUGGAAGGACUGCUAUUCUGAAUUUGUCCAAUUUAUUGCUAGGCUUUUUAUUUCUCUAUUUUUCUACUUUAUUUUUCCCCUGAGAAUUCGUACUUAAGAAUACAUUCCUAGGACCUUGCUACCUGAGAUGGUGCCAUAAGUGAUGACUUGUAAACUUUUCACGCUACCCAUUUGAGUACAUGUGACAAUAAAGCUGGUUCUAAUUCUAAUUCUUUUUGAUUCACCUCAAAUUCCCAAUCCUGACCUCUCCUCAUUUCCAAAUAAUGUCCUCUCUCUCUCACUCAAGACACACCUUUGCUUGUCUCUUGUAACCACAGUCUCUCCAUCAAGAUCUGGAUGUAGGUUUACUCACUGAACUGGAAGGUUCAUUUUUUUUUUCAGCGAGCAAACCUACAUCCAGAACCCCAACUCGAGCUACAAAUCUUCUAAAAACUUGCUAAUAUUCCCUGGAAUCUCAUUCUAUAAUUCUCUUCCUCUGACUGUUGAACAUCUCCGAUUAUAAUCGCCUACACUGUUGGUGGCCAUGCCUUUAGCUAUCGGAGCCUGAAUUCUGGAAUUCCCUCCCUGUACCUCUCAUUCUCUACCUUCCCUUUCUUCCUUUAAGACACCUGGAGCAUUUUAAAAGAAAAAAUUCCAUCUGCAUGUUCCUUCUCUUGCUCAUAAUUUCCAAGCCAUGAAUGCUGAGGAGUUGACAUCUUUGCUAUGGUGAAUUAUCGGUCGUUUUGAUUAUCCUCAUUUGACCUGAAUUCAGUGCUGCUGGUAUUUUUGUCCAUCCUCAUACUGAUUUCAGGAAGGUUGAAACAGGAGAUGGCCAUUCAGCCCAUUGACCUGCCUGCACAAUUCCAUUUGACCACAGCAGAUCUAUUACACUGCCUGCCUGGGUGGUAGCUGCCACUCGCUAAAGAUUCAAAUGCACUCUCUCUUUUGCUCUCUCGUCUCCCCCCGCCCUCUCUUAUUCAUUUACAUCAGCCCAAGAUUCUCAUCCCUAGUUGUUGAGAGGCCAAAAGAGGUUUAUCAUUCAGACUUUGAUUAUUUUUUGUUUCUCUUGUUGGAGAUUCCCAGGCAGUAUUCCCUACUCCCAGUUUCAGUGUGAUGAGAGAGGGCAAUGAAAGUAGAAUAAGUUGUUGAUCCAGCUUUCUGUUGCACUGUGUGACAAUAGGCUUGGCAGUUCUGCUUGACCCGCCUUCCAGAUGGUUUGACCUCAUGACCUCUUCCUGCCAGGCUGUCGGGCCUUUCUACUAUUGGCCACAUGAACUCUGAUCCUUGUGGCAUCCAACCUCCCCUUCCCAAAUGGAAAAUGAACAGAUCCUUUGUUCACAUACUGGUUGGUAAGUGACUGCCAUGCACACAGCCAAUUAUCCUCAGCUCCAGUUCAGUUUUAACUAAUAAACUCAUGUGUUUAUGCUAAAUUGAGGGACUUUUAGCUUCAAAAGGGCCAAUGACUCCACUCCUGUCUUGUUUGUCUAGGAGAUUAGUUUUCCAUUUCUUUAGACUAACACUGAGGGAGAAUUACUGGAGGUUUCAUGGAGUCAAUAGGUCCAUCUAGUCUAUACCAACUCUCUGCAGAGCAAUCAAGUCAAUCCCAUUCUCUGUACUAUUCCUGCAGCCCUGUGAGUCUAUCUCUCUCAUCAGUAUGUUUUUGAAUUCGCUCACUUUCCCGUCUUCCACCAUAAAACCAUAAGACAUAGGAGCAGAAAUAGACCAUCAUUCUCAACUCCACGUUCCUACCUUUCUCCCAUUAGCCUUGAAUCUUUUACUGAUUAAAAAUUCUUUCUGUCUCACCCUUGAGUAAUAGUUAGUGACCUGGUCUUGUCAGACUUCUGCAGGAAAGAAUUCCACUGAUCACCCACCCAUCGAGAGAGGAAAUAUCUCCUUAUCCCUGUCCCAAAUGGGCGAACCGUUACUCAGAGAUUAUACCCUCUGGUCUGAGACUCUCCCAUAAGUGGAAACAACCUCUCUACAUCUACUAUCAGGUUCCCUGAGAAUCUUACAUGUUUUGGUAAGGUCACCUCUUAUUUUCUGGUAACUCCAACAGUUAAAGGCUCAACCUACUCACCUCUUUUCGUAAGGCAGUCCUUCCAUACAUGGGAUUUGCCCUCUCAUAACAACCUCUCAGAUUCUACCCUGUCAAGUUCCCUUAUUUCACAAACUCUCCUUUCCCAGCAACAACAUAGUAAAUCUUUUCUGCACCCUCUCCAGUUUAAUAAUAUCUUUCCUAUAACAGAGCAACCAGAACUGGACACAGUACUCCAGAAGAGGUCUCACCAAUGUCCUGUACAAUCUCACUAUGGCGUCUGAACACCUAUACUCAAAGGACUGAGCAAUGAAGGCAAGUGUGCUAAAUGCCUUCUUAUCCACCCUGUUUACCUGUGAUGCAAACUUCAAUGAAUUAUCGCUGAGAAUCAUAUGUCUCAGUGCUCCGUCCAGUCAAACAGCCAUGUUAUCGUGUGUGCGUGCAUGUGUGUACGUGUGUGUGUGCGCGCGCGUGUGUGUGUGUGUGUGUGUGCGUGUGCAUCAGUAAUGGAGGAAGAAACUCCACCCCCCUCCAAAAAGUGCAACCUAUUGGUCAUUCCUGUUAUUCUAGAAGUAAGCUUUAGCUUGUAAGUUCUAUUUUAGCACCUGAAUUAUUUCUGUUAUUCAUUUCAUGUUAAUUUUUUAUGUAAUAUGUUUUC